AUGCCGUGGCUGAUCAUAGCAUUCACUGGUUUACAGGUCACUGACUCUGUAAUAAGCCUCGCCUGUUCAAAGUGUUUGUUUUCCAGAGUACCUCUGAUGAGAUUCAGUUCCAUCAGGAAGAAGCUGAGAGCAGCGAGGAGACUAGCAGUGUUUCUGAGGGAUCACGAUCCUGACAUCUUUGCACGGAAAUACUCUCACUGCUAUCCUCCUAGAUUAGAAAAGAAUAAUGACCAUAUGUCUCUCAUUAUACAAGAUCAGUUUAAUUUAAUGCUGAUUGUUCACAGUAUUCCCCUCCUUGUUUCAGGCCCAAUACUACAGGAAAAUCAUUAUCGGCACCCCCCGCAGAAUUUCACUGUGUUGUUUGACACAGGCUUGUCAGAUGUCUGGGUCCCGUCUGCAUACUGUGUCAGCGAGGCCUGCAGUAAGUACACCUCAGUGCACAAGGGAGAAUUUAAACACCUUAGAGCAAGGGAGUCCAAUCCCGGUCCUGGAGGGCCAUUCCACGACAGGCAGAACUCAAUGGCAGCACUUAAGAACACAGCAGGAGUCGGGCACAGGAAUAUCGCGAAAAACUGCAUCUGCACAGGGAUGGAAUCAUCCAUGCCCACACUGCAAGAAGUAAGGGCUGAUCAGAGCCAAGCCCACACAGCAAGAAGGGCUGAUCAGAGCCACACCCACACAGCAAGGAGAGGUAAAGGCUCUCUAUCACAUAAAAAAAUAAAAAGCUCACAUUUUGUGUUUAUUCAAUGUUUUCAUAUACCUCAGUUCGUGAUUGACUGCACAAAAUUAUCCAGCUUGCCGAGAGUGGAUUUUACAAUUGGACAGGUUGAGUAUACGCUGACUGCUGAAGCGUAUGUUAGGAAGGAACAACUGAAUGGAAGAGAAAUCUGCUUUAGUGGAUUUGAAGCCUUAGAUCUCUACAUCCAAUCAGGACCUCUCUGGAUUCUCGGAGACGUCUUCCUAGCAGAAUUCUACAGCGUUUUCGACUGUGGGAAUGACAGGGUUGGGUUUGCAAAAGCACGCUAG